UUAAAAAACUCUCACUUUUCUUCAUUAAAAAACACUGAACUUUUGCUUGAGAUAUACGAAAGAGAAAUGUUGAGAAGAAAGCCGAGCAAAAUCGAAGUUAAAAUCGAAGACAAAGAAGAACUCGAAGAAGCUCGCAAACGCGCCGCCCUCAUCGCCGCCUCUUCCUCCACCAGUACCACCAGCACCACCACCGGCGCCUCCACCACCACCACCACCGGCGCGUCCUCUCUCCUCCAACACUUCGACCGCUCAACCGUCGAUCCCUCCUCCAAAAAUAACCGAAUCGGCCUCAAUUAAUGGAGGUUGAAGUGAAGCUCCGAUUGCCGGAUUCUACCGCACAUCAGAAGGUGCUCUCACUUUUCUCACCGUACCACAAAAAAACACACCACCAGCGUAACACUUUCUUCGACGGUGCUGCCGGCGAGCUGACCUCGCGCCGGGCUUUUCUACGGCUCCGAUUCUAUGAGAAUUCGGAAAACAUGAAAUGUAUGGUGUGUCUCAAGGCUAAAGCUGUAAUUAUCGACGGUGUUAGCCGAGUGGAAGAGGAUGAAGAGGAAUUGGAUCCGAAAAUUGGAUAUGAAUGUGUUUCUAACCCUACAAAACUGAUGGAGGUGGAUUCUAGGGUUUUGAAAAGGGCAAAAGAGGAAUUUCACGUUGGGGAGGAAGGAUUUAUUGGAUUGGGUGGGUUUAAGAAUGUGAGGAAUGUGUUUGAGUGGUGUGGUGUGGAAUUGGAGGUAGAUGAGACUAUGUAUGACUUUGGGACUUGUUAUGAGAUUGAAUGUGAAAGCUUGGAGCCAGAGAAAGUUAAAGGUAUGAUUGAGACAUUCUUGAAGGACAAUGGUAUUGAUUACAGCUAUUCAGAAGUGUCAAAGUUUGCUACUUUCCGGGCCGGAAAGUUGCCUUAG